GAGGAGCUCGCCGGCCGAAGGGCGGCCAACGGGAGCAGCGAGCGGGGCGCCGCCGCCGCCAGCACCGCCGACUACGGGGAGAAGAAGCUGCCCCAGGCGCUCAUCAUCGGGGUCAAGAAAGGGGGGACCCGCGCGCUGCUGGAGGCCAUCCGAGUGCACCCGGACGUGCGGGCGGUGGGCAUAGAGCCGCACUUCUUCGACAGGCACUACGACAAGGGGCUGGAGUGGUACAGAGAUGUGAUGCCUAAGACCGUGGAUGGCCAGAUAACCAUGGAGAAGACGCCAAGUUAUUUCGUGACGAAUGAAGCUCCCAAGCGCAUCCACUCCAUGGCUAAGGACAUCAAACUGAUUGUAGUCGUGCGAAACCCGGUGACCAGGGCCAUCUCUGACUAUACCCAGACCCUGUCAAAGAAACCUGAGAUUCCCACCUUCGAGGUGCUGGCCUUCAAAAACAGGACCCUGGGAUUGAUCGAUGCCUCCUGGAGUGCUAUCCGCAUAGGGAUCUAUGCCUUGCACCUGGAAAACUGGCUGCAAUAUUUCCCUCUCUCUCAGAUUCUCUUUGUCAGUGGCGAGAGACUCAUCGUGGACCCGGCAGGGGAAAUGGCCAAAGUACAGGAUUUUCUAGGGCUCAAGCGUGUUGUGACUGAGAAACACUUCUAUUUCAACAAAACGAAGGGUUUCCCUUGCCUCAAGAAGCCAGAAGACAGCAGUGCCCCGAGGUGCUUAGGCAAGAGCAAAGGUCGGACUCAUCCCCGCAUAGACCCAGAUGUGAUCCACAGACUUCGGAAAUUCUAUAAACCCUUCAACAUGAUGUUUUACCAAAUGACUGGUCAAGAUUUUCAGUGGGAACAGGAAGAGAGUGACAAAUGAGCCUAGAGGCGAAAAGGCAAGGCUAGUGAACAGCUACGGAGGCUUCUCCCCUGACUCCUGUAACUCCUCAGGGUCUGUAGCCUCAGCUUUGCUGGAGUGCCAAGUGGAUUUCCUCCCUCACCCCAGCAGGGUUGGCUCCAACAUUGUUGGUUUAGGAAAAGGGGUGGAUCCCAUGGCAUCCCUGCAGAGGAACCAACUAGGUCUGGCGUGACAACAGCAUCUGGUUAACCAGAUGGCCACCAGAGCACACGGAUGAUUGUGUCUUCUGCUAGCUAACUGUCUAAAGACAGAGGACAACUAGUUGUCAAGGUCAGAGAGAGUGCAAUGAAUGUUUUUUUGAAGGCUAGAGGAAGGGCUGAUUGGUGGGAACUCUCACCUUGAGUUGGGAAGCUAGGCUUCUAGCCCUGAACCUGGUACAGGCUCCUUCUGUAUAAACCUCUCCUUGAACAUCUCUCCAGAAAACGAUUUGUGGCUAAGUGUUCUAGGAUCCCUGGGAAGCAAGAGCUCCCUCUCAGGUGUCUCUAGCCUUCUUAAAGUCCUCAUCCCACAACUCCUUGACUUGCCCCAUCUUGUCAAUAUGAAGGCGGAGGCAUGCACGGUCUUCACCAAAAACAAACAAAUCUGGUCCCAUGGGAGUCUUAUUUCUAAGGGCCCUGUUUAGAGGUUGGGUCUCUUUCUGCAUAAAUAUCCAGGGUUUUGAGAUGGUUAACACAUGCCCAAGUGUUGACCAGAGCUACAGGUCUGAUGUAAGAGUGUAGGAUUGCAUCUGACCCCUGAGGUUGACAAACGAUGAGGGUUCAAGAAGAAAGGCAGCCCCUCUUACCUUAUGGUAGGACUCCUUACCUCCAGACCCCACCCCACCCCCACAGUACCAUGAUUCUGAGGCAUGCUGUUUGAGUGGGUUCUGUACCUUAGGGUCCCCAGAGAGGGACAAGGACCAGGGAUUUGGCAUGUUUCUUGACCUGAGUAAUCCUUAGCAACACAAUGGGGAGGGGAG